AUGGCGUCACCGGAUCAUCGAGUAGGAAACAAGAGACCGCGGACUCAAUCGCUCCCCCCACCCGCUCUUCCGCAACUUGUUGCUGAGCAGCACACAACGAUCGCUCCGAGUGACAAGGACACCAAAAGACUGAUUGUUGUUCUCUCGAAUGCCAGCCUGGAAACUUACAAGGCUGCACAUGCUGGGACUAGUCGAAAUGGCGCCCACAAGGACGAAAAAUACUCAUUACUCAACAGUGAUGAGCAUAUUGGAGUCAUGCGCAAAAUGAACCGCGACAUCAGUGACGCUCGGCCGGAUAUCACCCACCAGGUUCGAAACCUUCUCUUUGUCUUGAAGUCCUAUAGUCCCCAGCACGCCACCACCCUUCCCAUUCCCUAG